AUGACCCCUAGUGUUAUCCAAGAUGAUCAACCUCGAUUUGAAUCUUUAACUCCAAAAGAUUCCUAUCUUGAAAAGACAAGACAAUUGCCUUAUUCAAUCCAGCAACAAGCUAAUCAACAGUCGAGUUUUGCUUCGAAGUUGAUUGGUGAUGCUCUUGCCAAUCACAUUGCUGAAAUUGACCACGACCAAUGUGAUGCCGGUGAUGAAGAUUCAUUUUUCGUUUGUGAUUUAGGUGAAGUAUUGCAAUCGUUUAGAAUCUGGAAGGAAAAAUUACCCCAGGUUCACCCUCAUUAUGCUGUCAAGUGUAAUACCAAUUUAGAAGUUAUCAAGCUCUUGGCUAAGUUGGGUGUUAGUUUUGAUUGUGCGUCCAAGACUGAAAUCGAUACUAUUAUUAACUUGGGCAUUGAUUCGGAUAGAAUUGUCUAUGCUAACCCAUGCAAGACCAAUUCGUUUAUUAGACAUGCGAAGCAGACUAAUGUCAAUUUGACCACAGUUGAUAACGUGCAAGAAUUGUACAAGUUGCAAAAGCAUCAUCCAGAAUGUGGAAUUUUGAUUAGAAUUGUCACCGAUGAUGAAACCGCGCAAUGUAGAUUAUCCACCAAAUUUGGCUGUUCCUUGGAAGUAGCAAUCACUGAAUUGUUACCGUUAGCCAAGGAAUUAGGACUCAAUGUUAAGGGAGUUGCGUUCCAUGUUGGGUCAGGCGCUAAGGAUUUCGAUUCGAUUUACAAAGCCAUUAGAGACGCUCGUGCUCUUUUCGACGCCGCUGCUGAAUUCGGUUACAGCUUGGACGUGUUAGAUAUUGGUGGAGGUUUCGAAAGAGAAACUUUUGACCAAUCUUCCAAGAUGGUUACGUUGUCCUUGGACAAAUUCUUUCCCGAAGCUUUUGUCAAACAACACCAAGUUAAGUUCAUUGCUGAACCUGGAAGAUUUAUGGUUGCAAAUGCCUUCACUUUAGCAACCCAUGUGAUCGCAAGAAGAGACAUCAAGGAUGCCGAAAUCAGAGCCAUGGUUUACAUCAAUGACGGAGUUUAUGGAAACAUGAACUGUAUUUUAUUUGAUCAUCAACAUCCCCAGGCUCAUGUUUUGACUCAUAAUAACAAGUUUUAUUAUGAUAGUGUCCAGUCGUGUCCUUACCGAUUCUCGAUUUGGGGACCAACUUGUGAUGGAUUGGACUGUGUGUCUAAUCAAGCCAAGUUGAGUCAUGAUGUUCAAGUUGGCGAUUGGUUAUAUUUUCCCAACUUGGGAGCUUACACUAGUGCCGCUACCACUUCUUUCAAUGGAUUCAAGGGGAAUGCUCAUGUUAUUUACGUGGCAUCAGAAGAACUUCCUUGA